UGUGUGCAGCUAUGCAAAGAGCGCGCUGUGGAAUGACAUUACCCAUUACGCACGAUUACGCGCUGACUUUGUGAGGGAGCGCGUUCAGCGGAGAGGAGCGGGAUUUCGGAUUCGCGCGAACGGGAAGAAUUCAGCACAUUUUUAUUCACAUCCAGUCACCUGAAGAACAGUUCGGCUGUCAGAGCUUCGCAGAGUUGUGCUGUCAUUCAUUCAUACAGGAAUGGUGGAUCACUUGCCGUUUGGUGAGGAGACCUUCCUAUACUGCUCUGGCUCUCCAGGCUCUGACUACAACUGCCGCUGCCACCACAGCAAUGGCAACACACCAGGCAUCAUGGUAACUGAUGCUUGCAUCCAUCAUCAUCACCAUCACCACUACCAAGGGGUGAUGCUGUCCUCCUCCCCUCACCUCUCUGAGGAUGAUCUUAGUGACAUCUCCAGCCCACGUUCCUCACUAUGCUCUAGCCCAGAGUCAUCUUCACCAUCGUCGCAGCAUCUCAUGAGCUCCAGCUAUGAAAGUAAGAGCAGCUGGAGCAGCAGGAGUUGUAGCUCUUCAAGAGGGGAGAGUCAAGACAGCCUGCUGGACCUCCUGCUCUCACAGGCCUCCUUCACCACCUCAUUGAGUAGUAGCACCAACGGCAUGUCUCAUUCUUCUUUAUUUUCCUCAUUAUCCCUGUCCACCUCUGCUUCAUCAUCUUCUGCCAUGCCCCUUUUACCCAUGGGUCUCACAUGGGAGUCAAAGAGAGAGCAGAGGCUGAAUCCUCUGCAGCAGCAAGCUAAGGAGGACUGUUACGAGUUACCCGUCUUUACAGAUGAGCUGCAUGAUCCAUCAGGUCUCUUCUUUCAGCCCACCCUAGAAGAGAUUGAGGAGUUCCUGGAGGAAAACAUGGUGCUGGCUGUGGCGAAAGAAGAGGACAGGAGUGAUGGGGAUAUGUCACCAGCUUUGGAGGACAUGGAGGUGGAAUCCAAAAGGACAGUAGUCAGAGAGCUCACAUCAAUAUCUGAAAACUCGGAUCAGACUGUGCCAGAGACCUGUGGUGAUGCUGCUCCUUCUCCCUUCUCUUCCUACACCGAGACCAAACACACACCAUGUUCUUCUGACACGGACAAUAUUGCAACAAUGGACUCUAGUCAUCCAACUAGUUCUGUUUGUGAUAGCAGUGGAGUUUCUGAUGGGAUCAAACAGGAGGACUGUGGAUCACCACCAGCUGCCUCCAAUGUGCCUGUAAUCUUACAGAUCCAUCCUAUACAGAUCAAACAAGAACCCAGUUCCAGUGCCAUGGCAGAAAGUGUCACCCAUCAGUGUCAAAAUUCCCAGAAGGCCCAAUCCCAGUUAACCACUGCCACAUCAGAUAUCAAAAUUACUCAGCUCCUGGUCAACAUCCAGGGCCAGACCUUUGCACUGGUACCUCAACUGCUUCCCCAGUCAAACCUUACGAACACAAACAAAACUGGACCCAGUGGCGCAUCCAAAUUUGUCCGGAUUGCACCCGUGCCCAUUGCAGCUAAGCCUAUGGGUCUUGGAGAAGGUGGGUUCGGUGUAGGUUCAGUUGCAGGUGUUGUCCCGGGAGGUCAGCGAUACCACAAGAGUGCCGUGGAAGACCUGAUUAAAAUGCACAAGUGCUCCUUUCCCAGCUGUAAUAAGAUGUACACCAAGAGCAGCCACCUGAAAGCCCAUCUUAGAAGGCACACGGGGGAGAAGCCUUUCGCCUGCACAUGGCCCGGCUGUGGAUGGAGGUUCUCCCGUUCCGACGAGCUGUCCCGACACCGACGUUCCCACUCCGGAGUGAAACCGUACCAGUGCAUCAUCUGUGAGAAGAAGUUUGCCCGUAGUGAUCAUCUGUCGAAACAUCUCAAAGUCCAUCGAUUUCCACGAAGCAGCAGAACAGGGCGUUCUACAAACUGACCCCUCUGACCCCGUGCUGACAGACUGACACGGAAUGGGGGGCAAAUGUGCGUGAGUCAAAAGAGAGGUUUGGACUGUGGCCUGUGCCAUGCUUUCUUUACUUGUGAGUAUCAGUGGUGUUUAUGUUCAAACAUGUAUGCGUGAUGUGCAUUCGUGGUACUGUGAUAAUUUAUUGGGUGGCGAGGAACUGGACGAAACUGUUACUUGACACAACACCCUCACAGGUGGAAUAAGCUUCUUGUAUAUUACAUGUUCUAUCUGACUCAGUUUUUGUUUUUCAUUUGUUUUGUUUUUUUGUUAUUUGAAGAUUUUAAUUUCUAUUGGAUGACAAUAUAUGUGCUUGUCAAAAGGCUUACAUCAUUAAAUGUUACAUUAUGUAAUAUGACUCUAUAUAUAUAUAUUCUUCAUUCUGUAGCCAAAUUCACUUGGAAAGUAAUAUGAGCAAAACUCUUAUUUGCUUAAUUUGGAUGUUUUUCCAGGCAACAAUGGUCUGGACACACAUUUGGACACAGUGAGAAUGACUGGAGCAUUGUCGGUUUUCUUUCCUGAUACCAGAAUACAUGGUGCCUCAACAGUCCUUUAAUUUUGUUUACUAAUCUUAAACACUAUAGCUGUCCUGAUAUGACUUGUACUAUCAUGCUCUCAUUUCAUAUAAACAUGGAAGAUUUUAACAUUUGAAUAUUUUUUUUAUACUGAAUUUGUUGCCAAACUUGAUCUUUUGCUCAUAUUGCAUUUUUGGCUCAGUUGGUCACAAAGUUGCACAUCAUGUCUCCCAUCUGUCUGAUCGUUAUGGAUUAAAACUAAUUUGGAAUUUGGCAGAGGCAAGCAUUUCAAAUUGAGGCAGAAAUUGAGGGAGUUUUAUUUCAUCUCACGAUUUUUUGCAGCUUUGCAUCAUGAAAACAGAGAAUCGGAGUGCUCAGUCAAAACAGAUCUAUAUACAAUAGAUCUGGCAGUCCUCUCAUUAUCAUAUUUUGUUGACUGCAUGCAAAAUACUCAGUCAUUUCUCAUUUAAGUUCCCUUGACUUUCUGCAGGAUUUGUGCAAAAUCAGUUUUCACUUAUGUUUUACAUGGACAUGACCAGUCAAAAGUGAGGGAAAGUGUAUCCAAACUUUAGAUUGGUACUGUACAUGUGACUGGGGUUUUAUAUUGCACAUCCACACAAGUCAUGAUUGUCUUUUCUCUGAUUACAAAAAUGCUGAUUCUGUGAGCAGUCGUUAGAUCUGAAACAGCUAAUUUCAGACUUCUGUGACCUAUAUAAGAAAGUCCUGUCCUGGAAUUUUAUAGCAGUGAGGGACAAUUCCACUGAGCCGAUCUCCACGUUGUUUGAUGUGCCCUCGUGCUUCCUGGGAGAAAAA